GAUAUAAACCCCAUGCAAACCAGGCUCAGUUGAUUUUUGUUGUUAUUGUUGAUGUUGUUGCUGUAAAUUGUUGUCUAUUGUUUAAUAUUGUUUAAAAAAUAAUGGCUAUUUACUAUAUUAUUUUAACAAUAAUAGUUUUUAUUAUAGCUAUUUACUGUUAUUUAACUCGUAAUUUUGAUUACUGGUCUAAACUGGGUGUAAACGGUCCCAAACCGGUCAUCGGUUACGGAAACAUAUUGUUUCGGUUAUCGAAAAAUGUCAAUCAAAUUGAUUUUCAAUGGUUUAAAAAAUAUGGCAAAGCAUUUGGUGUAUAUAAAUAUAACGCACCAGUGGUGACAAUCACCGACCCGGAGCUCAUCAAACGUGUUUGUGUUACCGAUUUCCGUUACUUCUAUAACCGCGGACGGGAUCCGGUUAUGUCAUAUUCAGAGCAUCCGGUUUUGUGUCAAAAUGUUGCCGUCAGUAGUGAUAAUACUUGGAAACAAACGAGAAAAAUAUUUACAUCUCUAAUGUCGUCAUCGAGAAUGAAACGGAUGUCUACGAAAGUAACGGAUGACAUACAGGUGCUGAUGAAUGUAUUAGACAAACAGGUUUAUAACAACAACAACACCGAAAACGGUGGAACCGGUGGUCUCAGAAAAACAAUGGAUUCAUUUAUCAUGUAUUUGAUGAUCGAUUGUUUUCAAUCGCAAGAUACCGGGUUUCCCAGCGAUAAACCACUAAACAAAUCGGUCGGUUAUGUUAUGGCAGCUGUCAAAGGGUCGCCAUUGUUGGCCAGAUUGAGAAUAUUGUUACCGAAAUUUGUGUUAAGAUUGUUUGGCAUUUCAUUUCUGGUACCAAACGGUUUGGCCAAUAGUUACGUCAAUAUUAUCGAUGAACUGAUUGGCAGACGACUGGCCGCCGAUGAGGCCGCAGGUGUUGAACAACAAAACGACUUUUUAGAAGACUUACUAUCAUUUAUGUCUGAAUCCAAAAAGACAGAGGACAGACAACAAACAGAUAGCUAUCUAACACACGAUGAAGUGGUCGCCAAUCUAUACGCAGCACUGAUAGACGGCUACAGUAUUAUUACUGAAGUCAUUGGUCAGGCCAUCGAUGAACUGGUCCGCGACCAACAAUCACAGCGGCGACUGUACGACGAGUUGGCCAAACAAUACGCGCUGUCGAGUAGUAGUACUAAUGUCUCGGAUAGUGACCAACAUAUCAUUACGUACGACAUGUCCGUCAAAGUCAAGUACUUGGAGGCCAUUAUCAAUGAAUCGAUGCGUUUGAUGACUAAUGACUUACGCGACAGUCGUAUAGCUGCCGAAGAUUAUCGGUUGGCCGACACCGGUAUUACUGUUAGACGCGGACAACUCAUUGAGUUUCCAAUGUAUCCGAUUCAUAUGAAUCCCGAUUAUUUUCCCGAACCCGACCGUUUCGAUCCCGAUAGAUUUAUGGGACAAAAUCGGGACAAAAUUCAACCCUGCACAUUUUUACCGUUUGGUACCGGUCCGCGUGCCUGCGCUGGCCAACCGUUUUCCUGGCUUAUUAUCAAAUUGAUACUGGCCAAUUUGUUUUAUCGCUAUCAUUUUUACCUUGAUGAUGAUGAUGUGGAUGAUAAUAAUCAUUCAAAACAUCAAUCAAUUCAAUAUAAAAUUAAGCAUCGUCAUCUUAUUAGCAAAAACUGAUUAAAUGUAUUAUUUAUUUUUUAAAAAU